CUCCUUAGGCCCAGAGCCCCGCUUUGCUCAUCUUCUCCUUUGUGUGUGGGUUCUGUGACUAUAGGACUAGGUGGGCAUCAUGGCUGCUCCGAAAGAUCUCUGUGAUGCCAUUGUGAUCGGGGCAGGCAUCCAAGGCUGCUUCACUGCAUAUCACCUGGCCAAACACGGGAAGAGGGUUCUUCUGCUGGAGCAGUUCUUUCUACCACACUCCCGAGGAAGCUCCCACGGGCAGAGCCGGAUAAUCCGAAAGGCCUAUGCUGAAGACUUUUACACCCAGAUGAUGGACGAGUGCUACCAGAUGUGGGCCCAGCUGGAGCACGAAACCGGAACCCAAUUACAUAGGCAGACUGGAUUACUGCUUCUGGGAAUGAAGGAGAAUGAAGAAUUAAAGACAUUCCAGGCUACUUUGUCUAGGCUGAGGGUGAAACACCAGUAUUUUUCAUCUGAAGAACUGAAGCAACGUUUCCCCAACAUUCAGUUGGCCAGGGGAGAAGUGGGGUUCUUGGACGAGUCCGGGGGAGUCCUCUAUGCGGCCAGGGCCCUCCAAGCCCUCCAGGGUGCAAUUCGACAGCUAGGAGGCAAAGUGGGUGAUGGAGAGAAGGUGGUGGAGAUCAAACCGGGGCUACCGAUCAUGGUGAAAACCACCUCCAACAGCUACCAAGCCAAGAGCUUGGUCAUCACAGCAGGUCCUUGGACCAACCAGCUCCUCUUUCCCCUGGGAAUUGAGCUGCCUCUCCAGACCCUGCGGAUCAAUGUGUGUUACUGGCGAGAGAAGGUUCCCGGAAGCUAUGGUGUGUCCCGGGCUUUUCCAUGCUUCCUGGGCCUGGGCCUCAGCCCGGCUCCCUACCACAUCUAUGGGCUGCCCUCUGGAGAGUACCCAGGGCUGAUGAAGGUCUGCUAUCACCACGGCAACAAUGCAGAUCCCGAGGAACGGGACUGCCCCGCAGCAUUCUCAGAUGUCCAAGACGUCCAAAUCCUGAGCCGCUUUGUCAGAGAUCACUUACCUGACCUAGAGCCCAAGCCUGCCAUCAUGGAGCACUGCAUGUACACGAACACCCCUGAUGAGCACUUCAUUCUUGAUCGACACCCGAAGUAUGACAACGUUGUCAUUGGGGCUGGAUUCUCUGGGCAUGGAUUCAAGCUGGCCCCCGUUGUAGGCAAGAUCCUGUACGAAUUAAGCAUGAAAUUAACACCAUCUUAUGACUUGACACCUUUUCGAAUCAGCCGCUUCUCUGGCCUGGGCAAAGCUCACCUUUAACCCCCGGCCAGCAGCCUCCCUUUUUUCCUUCUGAGAUGAAGAAAGUGCCUGUGAGAGCUCAUCCCUUUCUCUUCCUCUCUUGAGUCCCCUGUAAACACCAGAUGAUCCAAUCUACUUUCUUUCCCUGGUCAGCUCCCCAGCGACUUUUCAGAUGGAUGUCUGUAUAAGGAGGGGGCAUAAGGACUGGCACAGGAGAACAAAGCAGUUGUUAAAAUUCUCUUUACUGGGACAUAUGAUGAAUUUGAAAUGGAUUUGAUUAAAGCUGCUCAGGGGAGGAGGGCAAACAAGAUGAUUUGUAGAUGACUAUGGUUCUUAAAGUUCCUUUCUUAAAACUCUCCGGAGCCACCCUCCAUUAUAAACUCUGGUAAAAUCUGGUUCAUCGUGCCUGUAAAUGUUUGUUGAAAAAAAAAAGUGUGUUGAAUAGUCCUGACCCGUGUGGCUCAGUUGGUUGGGUGUUGUCCCACAAAACGAAAGGUCGUUGGUUCGAUUCCUGGUGAGGGCACACGCCUGGGUUGUGGGUGGAUUCAGUCCCCUGGUCAAAGUUUCUCUCUCUCUCUCUCUCUCUCCCUCUCUUCCCCUCUCUCUAAAAAUAAAUAAAUAAAAUAUUUUAAAAAAUGUGUUGAAUAAACAAACAACAGCA